GUCGCAGGAGGUUUCUCGAGCGGACUUGGUCCAGCGCAACAUCGUCCCAGGUGUAUCGGUUGUGCGCCGGGGCAUCCACGUCUUGGAGGGCCUGCUAAGGUCUCGCCCCUCCCUGGAACAGCUUACAGCAGCCAACAGGCUGCCGCCAAACUACAUCGACAAGAUGUUUCCUGACGAUGCAAGCGGAAGCGCUGCGCCGAAAGCGGAGCGCAAGCCAGCAGUGUCGCUGAAUCAGCUUCUUUCCCCGCCGAGCAACAGGCCGGGUGCAGCUGUGAGUCCUGGGCCGGCAGGGCCCCCAAACUACAUGCCUGUGCCGGGUGGUCAGGUGCCUGUCGACCCUGCGGUGCUGGCAACCUGGAUGGUGCAGGCCGCCAUGAUGAAGAGCCCAUCGCCCAUCACUGGACUGCCGCCCUACCCGGGCACCAUGCCACCCUUUGCAGGGGCGAUGCCAGCUGCAGGAUUUCCUCCUGGGGCUGCAUUCCCCCGGCCUGGCUUCCAGCCUCGGGUGCAAGCGGCUCCGGGCUCAGAAGCGAGCGAGGACGCAAUUUCGGGCAUCUCGCCAACAGCUCGUGCUCAGAAGCCUCCGAGCAACGUCGGGGUGGACAUGAUCGCUCCGAUACGGCCCCCGAAGCCCUCCAUUCAGGCACAGCGCGCAGCGAGCCCGCAGGUCCCUGCCGUCUCGAGGACCGAGGUGCCGCCGUUCGUGGCGCUGCUCGCGGCGCAGCUGCAUUUGGGCUUGUAUACGGAUGUGGAGAGAGGAAAACUUCUGCAACCACAUGCUUGGCUCGGACCCGGUCUCUCCUCCCGGAAGGUGAUGGGGUGCCUCAGGCCCGACACGAGUUCGGCCACCGCUGAGGAGGUGAUUUUCCGUGGCAUCGUAGAUGUAGUCGUAUCCGUGCACCAGGCGAACAAUGAUUUGACCGCAGCAUCGCUGAUCUCGAGGCUUUGUGAGUCUAUCCAGCAUGUCAGGCACGACAGAGGAGAGAUUAACCAGUGCCUGUGCAAGACGAUAGCUCCUGACAGCUGUCCUUGGUGCGUGGAGAGAUGGCAGAUCUCAAGAUCACUGAAAAGCCUGACAACGCUGGCCUACCAGAAGUUCAUGGCAGAGGCUGACAAGCACGUCCAGAAAAUGCGACAAAGUUGGCAAAUGGAGGAAUUCCACGAGAAGUGUCGAAAUGAGUACGAGAAGCUCUUUGGCCGGGUCGGCCUUCGACCUCUGGACAACAUCCGAGGUGGCAAGCCGAAGCCGCGGUACCUCAUAGAUCGCGCUGCUGUUGGCAUCAGGGAUGGUGGGAGACCGCAGCGUUGGGGUGCCAGAAAGAAGCGCUCUCUGCCUCCGGGAUCACGGCCCGCAAUGGCCUUGAGGCCGAAGCGCCGGAAGUCCAGUGCCAAGGUCCUCCCUCCGAACAUCUCCUAUGUCCCAGAUGCUGGUGCGGCGGCUGGGCCAUCGCCUGGUGCAUCGCCGGGCGAGGACAGCGUCAUCCUGAGCAUGAAGCCAGGCCCAGUCGUGGGAACCUACACUAUCGCCGACAUCAAGGCAAAGUUUCAGGCGCUGGACAGGAACGGCGAUGGAAUUUUGAGUCGGGAGGAGAUGGGCGUGCUGCUUAGGAGAGGGCGUGACGACAUCACCGACGAGGAGUUGGGGGUCCUCUGGGACGACAUGAAUCACGAUGGAGACGAGGGCAUCGACUUCGAUGAAUUUGUCGAUUACCUCUUCGGCCUGUACACCUCGGAUGGAGCGAAGCUGGACUGGCGAGGGGCAUCAGAGGCGGCGGCGUUUCGGCUUUCUCCGUAG